UUUCUCGUCCGCCUUCCCUCUCCCCUCCCCUCCUUCCUUGUUUUCGCUCCUAGGAUGGGAUGGGCGUUAAUUCUGUGUUUCACAUCACGCGCUGCGAACGUUUUUCUUCCUCCGCAGCCAGCGCGGAUGGCGCGGCGGCGGCGGGGCGGCCGCGGGGCUGGGGGCGCCGCGCCUGCCGGGGGGCGGCCGCGGCCUCCGCCGCCCUCCCCCGCCCGCCCCCGCCGCUCGCACAGCGCCCCGAGCACGACCUGCCGCCCGCCACGCACGGCGCUUACGGGCCCGGCCCGCGCCCCCCUCCCCGGGGCCGUCCCGCCGGGAUGGCCGCGGGGCCGCCGCCGCGCCGUGUGCCCUCCGGGACCCGCGGAAGGGCGCGGGGCGCUUUUCCCGCCCCUCCCGCCUGGCAGCGCGGGGGAGGCCCGGACGAGAACCUGCAGAGCGCCGGCCUGCACGUCGCCGGCGGCAGCGGGCGGGAGCCGGGGCGCUGCGGCGCGGCUUGCGGCGGCGCGGGGAGCGCGGCGGGAUUGGGGGAGGUCGUCACACGCGGGGCUGUCACGCACAGCCCGCCGCCGCCUUUCGGGACUCUCCGCCCCGCCGUCAAUUGUCAGUGCUCCCCAACCGCAAUCAAUCAGUUAUUUGUCAGCCCCUGUCAAUCCGCCCUUGAUUUAUGUCAGCUUUUGUUGCUGAUUACAAGCCUGGUGUGACUUGAAGGGGGAAGGAGAGAGAGGGAAGAAGGAAAGAAAACAGAGGGAGAGACAGGCUCCUCGGGAGAAAAAGCCUUUUAAUUUACGGAAUAAAUCCUUGGAGUAAACUGGAUUUGUUUGCCAGCGGCCGGUAGCCCUCCUCGGCCCCUCACCGCCCUGUCGGGGAGGGUUGCUGGACUCCUCUUCCCCUUCCCUCUUCGUCCUCUUCGAAAGUGUCCUUCGUCCCUGCACCCGCUGGGCUGAACCGGUCUCCGGCAGCGGGGGCCUGGGGAGGCGGCCCCUCGCCUUAACGAGAGUGUUGGUUCGCCAUUUAUGUGUUUGAUUUUCAGCUAGACUGUGUUGAGAGCCUUCUGAGUACGCACACGGUGUCCACCCGGGCGCUACACACGUCCUGCUUUGUGCCUGUGCGCUCCCGAAGGGUACCGAGUGCUCUGCCCUCAACCCCAUUUUUACUGGUGCCGGCGGAUGCCCCGAGCGGAAUCCGCAGCCCCUCAAGUCGCUGGGUAGCCUUUUUCUUUUCUCUUUGUACUUUGCUUCCCACUAUCCCCCCACCUCCUCAUCCCGUAACAUUUUUUCACAGGCAAAAUGUGUUAAUCAAUCUUUUACUUUUGUUUCCGGAUCUGACAUGGUGGCCCACACAAUCUACAACAUUAACAAAAAGGUCACUUAGAGAUAAAAUACGUUUGACAAGUGAAGAACAAGGCAAGUGCUUUAGGGGUCGCGUCCAAUUCCUGACCUGGACUCCAACCAGAACAGGCGCUGAUCCUGGAAGGGUUGGACGAGAGGAAGGACUUUCACUUUCUCACGUUUAGAUCUGCUGAACCAAGUCCUUUUUCUUCCCUUGAAACACCGAUCUGCCCCGGUCCCUAAACAGAUGUGUCAGAUAGUCUUUAAUGACCUGCUCUUCUUACGAGGUAUAUGUAAAGCAGGUUUUCCUCGGUAUCCCCCCUUCCCCCGCUCCCGCCAAGCGGUACCCUUUAAAUCUUGCAGCGCAGGCGGGAGAGGGCGGAUGCCUUCUGUUAAUGGGACACCUGAUAACACCAGAUAAGACCUCCUUAUCUCUUCCUCCACCCAUCCUCCUCUGAGGCACAUCACCUGUGAAUGGGCCAUUUAAGGCCUCUCACAUGACUGAUAACAUCACCUCAUUCCACUGUGAGAUGCUCCACCCAGUGGGAGGAGCCAAAGCCUUUCCACCGGGAUAAAACCUGCAAUCCCAAACACCAAGGGAGCCUGUUUCCACUGGAUUCCCAGAGCAUGACUGGACCCUUUCUGGAGGAUCAUCUCUCCUUCAAUGGAGCCACAUCUGUCUCUCCAGGAGGACUCACUUUGGGCUGCUUCCAACACCCUGACCAAGAGGGUGUCAGGUUUGCAUUCUGACUCUGUCAGGGGUCCUUUGUACUAUUGCAUUUAUCUUAUUUUGUUUUAUGUUCACCCUUUUUUGUUGUUUGUUUCUUCCCUCCCUAUUAAAUUGUAUU